GUUCAGGAAAAGCAAAAGGUUCAGGAGGAACCCCAGGCUCCAGGCACUGGUUGCCACCUUCCUAGGACUUGCCCCCACGAAACUCAAGACGUCGGGGAGCCUCCCCUUGAAGACAGCAGAGACAAAGUCUCCGGCGUGGGGCAGUCCCAACCCCCAGCUCAGUCGCUGGGUCAGCUCCCAGCAUCCCCUGAGCCUCCCUUGGAAGUGGGGAGCAGCAACAGCAGCAGCAGCACCCCUGCCUCACCGGUCCCAGCUGUGCAGAGUUUGAUGUCCAGCAAGAAGGAGCUACUGCGGAGAAACAGCUCCUCCGACAAACCCUCCAAAACCAAGCAGCGCCUCUCCAAGAAGGCAGCGUCCUCAGCCAACCUCUUCAACCACUCCAGCAGCUUUGAGAACCGAACAAAGGAUCCUUCCUUAAGUCCAGGGCCACUGAGCGCUCGACGGAUGCACCAAGAAGGACGUUCCACAAAGAUGUUCCUGCGUGGCCGCCCCAUCACCAUGUACAUCCCUUCCGACUUCCUCAACUACGAGGAGCUUCGCAUGGAGCUGCCGACCGAGAAGCUGAAGCUGGACUGGGUAUAUGGGUACCGGGGCCGCGACUGCCGCUCCAACCUCUACGUGUUGACUUCAGGAGAGCUGGUCUACUUCAUUGCCUGCGUGGUUGUGCUGUAUCACGUGCAACAUCGCACACAACGCCACUACCUGCGGCACACUGACUGCGUGCGCUGCCUAGCAGUGCAUCCUGACAAAGUCCGUGUUGCUUCGGGGCAGAUGGCUGGUGUGGACAAGGAUGGCAAGCCUCUGCAACCCUCCGUUCACAUCUGGGACUCGUCCAACCUUAACACCCUGCUAGAAAUUGGUCAGGGCAGCUUUGAGAGAGGAGUUGGUUCCCUUGCUUUCUCCACGGCUGAUGAGGGGGCAUACUUAUGUGUGAUAGACGAGUCCAACGAGCACAUGCUGUCUGUCUGGGAUUGUGCUCGUGGUACCAAGCAGGCGGAAAUCAAGAGUACCAAUGAAUCUGUCCUGACGGUGGAGUUCAACCCGCAAGACAGCAGCAACAUAAUCACCACUGGGAAAUCUCAUGUCUAUUUCUGGACCUGGAGUGGAAGCAGCCUAACAAAGAAGCAGGGAAUCUUUGGGAAAUACAAGAAACCCAAGUUCAUCCAGUGCUUUGUGUUCGACACCAACAGUGAUGUGCUGACUGGAGACUCGGAGGGCAACAUCCUGACUUGGGCCAGGGUGCCUGCUGACAUCCGCACGCUGGGCAAGGGGGCGAAAGAGACAUACCAGAUCAGCAAGCAAACGCGAGCCCACGAAGGCAGCAUCUUCUCUCUCUGCCUGUGCCGCGAUGGCUCGGUGCUCAGUGGGGGUGGCAAGGACCGGCGCCUGGUCCGGUGGAGCCCCAGCCUCUCCCUGCUGCAGGAGGUGGAGAUUCCGGAACAGUUUGGUGCCGUCCGCACCAUCGCCGAGGGUGACGGAGGGGAGCUGCUGGUAGGGACCACACGCAAUGCCCUGCUGCGGGGGAGCUUGGCGGAGGGCUUCCGACCCAUCAUCCAGGGGCACACGGACGAACUGUGGGGGCUGGGCACUCACCCUUCGCGGGACCUUUUUGUCACGUGCGCCCAUGACAGGCAGCUCUGCAUGUGGGAUAGUGGGGAGCACACGCUGGCUUGGAGCACCACGCUGGAGGAGACAGGGCUCUGUGCUGACUUCCAUCCCAGUGGGAAAGUGGUCACAGUCGGGUUCAGCUCUGGACGAUGGGUAGUGCUGGACACGGAGACACAACAAGUGUUGUCGAGCUACAUAGAUGGGAACGAGCAGCUCUCAGUAGUGCGCUAUUCGCCAGAUGGGGAGUUCUUGGCCAUUGGCUCCCACGACAAUUUCAUUUAUAUCUACAGCGUAGAGGACAGCGGGCAUAAAUACACCCGUUUUGGCCGCUGCACGGGACACUCCAGUUUCAUCACACAUCUGGACUGGUCCAAGGAUGGGAAAUUCAUCAUGUCCAAUUCUGGGGACUAUGAAAUCCUGUACUGGGAUGUGGCUGGAGGUUGCAAGCUGCUGAGGAACCGCUUUGAGAACAAGGACCGUGAAUGGGCCUCGUAUACCUGCGUGCUGGGCUUUCAUGUUUUUGGGGUGUGGCCUGACGGAUCGGAUGGCACCGACAUCAAUGCACUUUGCCGCUCCCACAACGAGCGGGUGGUGGCUGUGGCAGAUGAUUUCUGCAAGGUGCACCUCUUCCAGUACCCUUGCGCCAAGCCCAAGGCACCAAGUCACGUCUAUGGGGGCCAUGGGAGCCACGUCACCAAUGUGCGUUUCACGCACAACGAUGGCCACCUUAUCUCCAUGGGGGGCAAGGACACCAGCAUCUUCCAGUGGCGCGUGGUGGGCGGCAGCCUUGCCCGCAGCCAAUCCCUCUCUUCUGCCUCAGUCUCCUCCCAGGAUGCUGGGGUCAGCACCUGAAGCCAGUGGGAGGGGAAGAAGCAAAAUCUCAUACCCCAGUAUGGUGACUAAGCCUUUGCAAGAGAGGAUGAUGGGGCUGACCUCCCAUCCCCGUGACUCGUUCUUGUGGACUAAGUGCUCAGGUUGAUGGAUCCGUGGGAAGGCGGGAGUCUCUUCUCCCUGCCAACUUAAAUUUCCUUUGGCUAACAAUGUGAUUUGCUUUAUUAACAUAAGGGUGGGAUCAGCCAGGAUAACUAGCAAUCCUAGGCUCAGGAGAUCUGGCACCGUGAAGGAAAAUGUCUAGCCUGUUGUGUGUGAGAAGGCAGAGAGACCUGUUCCUUGUCUCUCAGACAGGGGGUUUUUGAGAGAAGGACUACUUGUGAGUGGCGAGGGGACGGGGUGUAGAUUUGGGGACCUCUCUGGAGAAUGUUCCCUUUGAACUUCAGUGAUGUUCCCCUUUCAAGCCUGAAAGACGCUGGAUUCUGUUAAGUCCAGCGAAGAUGGGUAAAUGUCUCCAUCCACACACCCCUCCCCUUACUGCCAUCCUUCCGUACUUCGUUUACAUUCCUAGUGAUUCUGGCAGGGGCUGGAUCUGAUGUGUAAAUAGCAAGCGCAAAGAAGGGCCUUAACACUGUGAGAAACGAAAAAAUAAACCUUUGCAUCCAGA